AGUGCGCGUCAGUUUUCGAAGUAGGAGCCAUGGCGACAACAGCUCAGUAUAUUCCGAGGAAUAACUCUUUACCGUCUAACCCGCUCAUGCAUCCGGAUUCGGAUAGGAUGCACCAGGGGACGACCUACAGAGAGGUGCAAAAAAUGAUGCACCACGAGUAUUUGCAAGGGCUUGCGGCUACCAACACGGGACACCCGAUGAGCCUGACGCACCAUCAGUGGCUGCCCACAUCCAACACCGACUGGUCCAGCGGCACCCACAUCGGACAGCAGGAGCACAAAGCCAGCGUGCAGGCGAGCCGAGAGGACCUGAGCAGCGGCUUCCACCACAGAUCUCACCUGGUGCACCAGCAGACUCAGAGUGGUCACCAUGGUUCGUGGGCGCCGACCACGACGCACCACUUAUCCCCGCUGUCCCCCGCAUCCAACGGCCACCAGUCUCUGGUCUACUCCCAGCCUGGAUACACAAACCUCAACGCGAUGCUGAGUCCUCAACCCGGCUCCCUGCACCACGGCAUGAGGGACCCGCUCCACGAUGACACGGGCAGCCACGACAACCAGAUGGAGUCCCCCCAGCAGGCGUUCAGCCACCACCAGGACCACUCGGACGAGGACGCGCCCAGCUCCGACGACCUGGAGCAGUUCGCCAAGCAGUUCAAGCAGCGGCGGAUCAAACUUGGCUUUACGCAGGCGGACGUGGGCUUGGCCUUGGGCACCCUGUACGGAAACGUCUUUUCUCAGACCACUAUCUGCAGGUUUGAGGCGCUGCAGCUCAGCUUCAAGAACAUGUGCAAACUUAAGCCGCUCCUAAACAAGUGGCUGGAGGAGACAGACUCGAACACGGGCAGUCCCACCAAUUUGGACAAGAUUGCUGCGCAGGGCAGGAAACGAAAGAAGAGGACCUCCAUUGAAGUGGGGGUGAAAGGGGCUCUGGAAAAUCAUUUCUUAAAAUGCCCAAAGCCAUCUGCUCAUGAAAUCAGCACUUUAGCCGGCACUCUGCAGUUGGAAAAAGAGGUUGUCCGUGUUUGGUUUUGCAACAGAAGACAAAAAGAGAAAAGAAUGACACCAGUGGGGGUCCCUCACCCGAAUAUGGAGGACGUAUAUUCUCAAGCAGAGACCCCUCCUCUACACCGCACACUACAGAGUCCUGUGCAGUGACUGUUUUCAUGAACAAUCCGAGCAUUUCCGCGGGGGGAUAGAAAAAGGGGGGAAAAAAAAGAAGGGACUAUGGAGUUUACAGUAUUUAAGUUUGGCUUUUGUUUUUCCUGAGAGAGAAAAAGAGACAUGGAGAAGUUGAGCUGAGCAGAUGAGUUUUGCCCUUAGUAUUCGGAGAUCGUCACGUCCAGCAAAUAGCCUGUAGAUGGCAAAUAAAGGGAGAAAAAGGUUAAGAAAAGAGAAAAAAGGAGGGGUGGGGUGGGGGGUCCAGAAAAAAAAAAGACAAAAAAAUAUUUGCUAUUACUGAUUUCGUGCGCAUUUAAAGUGAAACAAAGAUCUUUAUUUACCAAAAUUUUAUGGAGGCGACAUGCAUAUAAAGUCAAAUUUGAUCUCCCAUGGCUGUUUGAGAUGGGGAGUCCUUAAAUGUGGCACUGAGGCCAUCUCCUCCUGGUGUUCCAUGAACUGUUGGCGCUCACCAGAACGAGGGCUCUGCCUGAAAAUGAUCAACACUGGAGACGAAUAGCCUACAACACUGAAUGAACAUUUUUUGCUUUUUCAGGCUUAAACUGAUUAACCAGAUUUCUGAAUAUUAGUGUAUACUUUCUUUGUUAUAUUAAGUGUGAUGUUUUGGUUUGGAAAAUACUUUUAACUUAAGUGUCUCUCUUUCUGUAGACUGUCUAUGAUUUCUGUCAUUAUUUGCUAAAUAGGUACUGUAACUCAUCAGAGCAGCCUCUAAUUCGUCUUAUAUAUUAUUUUUUUUCUGUUUACUCAGUGAGAGUUGAUGGUGGAGCAGUGAUGAAAAUUGUGGCACCCUCAUAAUUUAAAAAAAAUAAAAAAAAUUAAUUAAAAAAAAAAGUCCAGAAAAAUGUCCAAUGCAACAGGACGUCUAAAGUUCUGACUGCACGCCUUAAAAAAUAUAUAUUUAAAGCUUUGCAGCUGACCACGUCGAAAAUUUGCAAACAGCAUUAGACGCUAAAAAGGAAACGUGCAUUCAAAAUACAUAUUAUUUUCUUUUCUUUGGGUCGAUUGUUGUCAUGUAAUUAUUUUAUUUGCAUGGAGCACUUAUUCUUUUUUGUUUUGUUUUGUUUUUUUGUUGAUAUUAUUGUUGCAAUUUAAUAUUUGUUAGUGAAAUUGUGAGUGGAGCUGAUUUUCACGAGGCUUAAACACAAUAAAUCCCAUGUUUACAGGUUCCUUGCUGUCAGCUCACACUGCUUUUACUGCCUGGUCUAAUGUUGUAUUCCAAACACUUCAAGAAGAGAUUGGUCAAAAAUGAAAAGUAAUAAUAACUCAGGUAACUUCAGUGCCCCAUGUUGGAAUAUCACGCCUGUACAUGAUCUCUUGUUGUUUUAUUUUUAUUUUAUUUUAUUUUAUUUUUUUUUAUUUGUCUUUUCAUAUGUUCUAAUCUGGUUCCAACCACACCGUUUCCUUUGUCCCACAUAUCUCAUACUAUAUUGUAUUAUAUAAAAACGCUGGAUUCGGAGAAAAGAAAAAUAAUUCCUACAGGGAAUUAGGGACUUUUAGAUGUAUUUAUUUUUUUUUCCUUCUUCUUCUGGCCUGAAAGGAAAUCUGAAAAUCUCAUAUGCGUUGUGUCAUUUAUCAUUGUUUGAGCAGUCCAAUAGCCCACAGCAGUGCUAUUCAAUACAGAUGAGGGAAAACAGUUUUGUUUUUUUUGUUUUUCAAGAAAAAAUAAUAAUGAUAAAAAAAGAUUUUAGAGAAAAUGUUGCCAGGAUUAUUUCCGAGAUGUAAAUAUGUCCAAUAUGUAAACUUGUAUUUGUUCUGAGAUAUUGUUUUGGUUUUGUUUCUUUCCGGGCAGUUUUGUACACUUACUAAUUCCAAGAAGAUAUUUUAAUAUGAUUUCAUUUAUGAAUCUGACCAUUUAUAUAUAUAUUUAUUUCUUAAACGUGUUUGGAGCUUUUUUUUGUUUGGCUCUUAAUGGUUAUGUUGCAGUGGAUUUCAAAAUGUUUUUUUUGUUUGUUUGUUUGUUUAUUUUGUUUUGUUUUGUUUACUACAUUGGUUGUAUGUUGAUUGCUAAAUGUAGACUGCAAAGUCACAUUUAUAUUUAUGUUAUAGUAAUAUUUUAUUACUUACAUAAAACAUAUAUACAAGAAAUGGUCUUUUGUCUUCAUUAAGAUCCAAACCACUCGUCCUUUUGUUACUGUCUGUUGUAGCAUCACCGGGCAAAAGCAGAGAAAACCUGCUCCUAAAGUUGAAUGCUGUUUAAGUGUACUGAGCACCGGGGACGUGGUGAGCGCACCCUGUGUUCACUUUUAAUAGCAGUGAUUCGUUAUGUAACAGGAGGUCGUUUAGAAUCAGAAGCUGUGUACAUGUGCUGUUAAAGGGAAUAGACAACAGUAUUUUACCUCAGGCAUUCCCUGCAAGUUCACACAGACUCUGACGUUGUUCACAUCUUUGUGUAAUCUCAGUAUUAAACUGUGCAAUAUUAAUACGGAA